GGGCUCUAGCUGGUCGGGUGGAUCCACCCAACUGGCGUCUGAUUAGUCAGAGCGUCUGGGAGGCCUGGAGGACCAGGCCCUCACACCAGUCUCCUUAAAGCAGGACAAUGCGACGAUUGGUCUUAUCAAGGAGAAGCUUAUUGCGUUGAACUCUUGUUACGGAUUCAUCACCAUGUACGGCUUGCCGGAGGGCCACAGGCAGGGGGUGAGGUAUCCGAAACACCUCAAGGGUCACAUCACAGUUUUCCUCAACAACGUGCAGGAGUUCAUGACCAACGUCCUGCCCCUAUCUACUCCUGAAGGAAUAAGAGCAAGGACCUUCGGGUUCAAAGUUAUUACAGGAGUUGAGGCAAUAUCCAAGACCUUGCCGUGCUCUAGAGCGCGCCGUUACCAUAGUUAUGUUAAUUGAAUUAGUCUUAUUGCAGAGCUAUAUUUACAC